GAGUGUUGGAUGAAAUUUGGUUUGUGACGACGCGUUGAUUCAGAUACGUUAGCCUGGUUUUUGGAGAAACGGACGUCACCGAGACUGCAUGCGCUAUUUCGACAUUUCUAUUCGUUACCUUGCUCCGAAGCAGUCGAACGGAAAUUGUUGGAUUUCACGAUGAAGACGGAGAUAGAAACGGACCCGGAAUCAACGGACGCGACGUCCUGUCUGAGCAUGAAGAACACCGCCAACAACAACAACAACAACAACACGACGACCACGAACAACAACCACAAUAGCGACAAUGACGCGAUGGACAUGGACAUGGACAGGCUAAUGGAGUGCGGAGGGUGCGGCGACCGGGUCCGGGAGCGAACGGUCCUCUGCGUGGGAGGGCGAACUUGGCACUCACGUUGUCUCAGGUGCUGCGCCUGUGCCAGGCCUCUCCACGAUCAGCACUCCUGUUUUCUGCGAGGCAUGCGGCUCUACUGCAGGCACGACUACGCCAUGGCAUUUGGAGCAAAGUGUGCAAAGUGCGGGCGAAGCGUCGGAGCCGGUGACUGGGUGCGUAGAGCAAGAGAGCGAGUCUACCACUUGGCCUGUUUCGCGUGCGAUGCUUGUUCGCGGCAGCUUUCAACCGGGGAACAAUUUGCGUUGUUGGAUGCGCGGCUGCUCUGCAAGGCGCACUACCUAGACGUAGUCGAGGGCAACAACACCUCCUCGUCUGAAGACGGGGACUCGGAGGGUGGAAAAGCGAACAAGGCCAAGAGAGUGCGGACCACCUUCACCGAGGAACAACUCUCCGUACUUCAGGCGAACUUUCAGUUGGACAGUAACCCUGAUGGCCAGGAUCUAGAAAGGAUAGCCCAUGUCACGGGGCUGAGCAAAAGAGUCACGCAAGUCUGGUUUCAAAAUUCGAGAGCACGGCAGAAGAAACACUGCAGUGGAAAGGUCAAAACGCAAAUGCACCACUCACCGCCGCUUCAGCAUCACCCCGGUGAUCUCUACGGAGGCGUGAACGUAGUCCAGGGCGUACAAGGCGCUUACCUCCAAGGAACCUACCAGAGCAGCAGCGUCGGAAGCGAGAGUCCAGGUAGCCCGAUGACGCCGAUGACUCCGUCGACGCCGACCCUUAUGCAGCCCCAGUUUUGCCAUCAGAGUGGAACAGGGCGAUUUAUUUCUGUUUCAGGUAAUUCCCAUGGGGUGACGGGCGCCUAGCGGUUAAACUCAAAGUACGAGGAUGGGGUUUUUAUGGUUGUGUAAAUUAAAGAGUAUGCAGCAGUGUCGGUAGACGUUAUAAUGCGAAGAGAAACCUGUAAAUAUAUUAUGUACACCGGACGCGCUAUGUUUAGGUAGAUUUAUAUAUAUAUAUUCUAUGAUUAUUGCUAACUAUUUAUUUGAAUCUCAAUGAGAUCGAUUCGACAUUAUAUACAAUAUCAAUAUGUAGUGUAUGGAGAGUUUUUUCGAAUUAAUUUCUUCCCGAUUGUUUAUUGUUUUUUAGUUCAUUUUUCUAUUUUACUCCUAACUUGACAACGAUCACAAAAACUCGACACAACGUACUCGUUUUAUCGCAUUAAUUAUCAGACAUCCAUGUCAUUAUAAACAUGAAUAUUAAUUAACGUUUAAUUUCAAAUUCACUGAUCGAUUGACGUUAGCCCGUACAUGAAAUACAGUUAUAUACAUAUUAUAAUAUAUAUAAUGAUAAUUCGUGUAUGAUGUUAUACAACAAUAUAAUAAGUAUGUGUCUGUAGAAAUUUUAGAUGUUACGAUGUAUAUACAACGACGUAUAUACACGGUGAAUACAUGCAGUGUAAAUUUAUUAUUAUAUGAAA